UCCCACAAUGCUACUGCCGCACUGUUCCGGAAGUAAGGCGUUUAUUGACAAUAUGGCCGCGGAGCUGGGUUUGGAUUCAGAGAAAAAUCAUAUUUGACAGCACUGACGGGGCUGAAGUACCAACCCAUGAUCGGGGCUGGAGUUUGGGGACAGAUGCAGUUGAAUGAAGACUCCGGUGGUUUUAGGUCAUGCUUUCACUGAGCUGAGAAAAAUCCCCGAGUCUGAGCGCCUUCCGUCAUGUCGUUUUUCAAGAGGAAAGCCAAAACCAAAGAACCAGAGAAAGUGACAGAUGCUAAAGUGAACAGAGCACCAGUCAGUCCACACUCUCCUUCUCUGGGACUGAAAAACCACAAUACCCUCCAUGACGUGGCAGGACCCAGCCAUGUGGCCAUCAAUGCCAUCUCUGCAAACAUGGACUCGUUUGCCCGGGGACGCACCGCCAUCCUCAAGAAACAGCCCAGCCACAUGGAGGCGGCGCACUUUGGAGAUCUUGGUCAUUCCAGUGUGAACUACCAGCCACAGGAGACCCGCUCUCGUCUGUCAAAGACCGUGGACCAGGUUCUUCGGGACAAUGUGGCGAUGCCGCACUACACUCGGUUCAUGGAGCUCCGAGGAGCGGAUCACCUGGUCCGGUUCUGGCAGGAGGCGGAGAGUUUCCGCUCCACCAGCUGGUCGCAGGUCCGCGCUCACAGUCUGAACUCUGUUAAACACAGCUCUUUAGCUGAGCCUGUCCCCACCUCUCCAGAGUCCUCUGACCCCUCAGAACUGGUGCACGCUAACAUACUAACACACCAGAACAGCAGCGACAGCCUCACGGAGCAGUGGGAGCGAAGAGGCUCCUCCAGCUCAGACACAGGGGUGAGACCAGGCACCCCUCGAGCUGAAACACCCAGCAAAAACAUCUCCAAAACAGGCACUCCAUUCAAGGGCCAGGCCUCCAGCACACUACGGGACCUCUCUGACAAACUCAUGAAAAGUAUAGAAAAAGAUGCUGUUACAAUCUUUACUAAGUACGUCUCUCCUGAUGCUGCACGACCCAUCCCCAUCACUGAACAAGUUAGAAACGACAUUGUUGCUAAAAUAUGUGGUGAAGAUGGCCUGGUUGAUCCCAACAGUUUUGUCAUUGCACAGUCUGUUGUCUUCAACAUUAUGGAGCAACAGCACUUUAGUGAGUUCCUGUGGAGCCACCAUUUCUGUAAAUAUCAGAUUGAGGUGUUGACGAGUGGCUCUGUGUUUCUGGCUGACAUCUUAUUCUGUGAGUCAGCGCUUUUCUACUUCUCAGAGUAUAUGGAAAAGGAAGAGGCCAUGAAUGUGCUGCAGUUCUGGCUGGCUGCAGACAACUUCCAAAACCAGCUGGCUGCUAAGAAGGGCCAGUACGAUGGUCAGGAGGCUCAGAAUGACGCCAUGAUUCUCUACGACAAGUAUUUCUCACUCCAGGCCACAAACCCACUCGGCUUUGAUGACUCAGUGCGAAUGGAGAUUGAGUCUAACAUAUGCAGAGAGGGAGGGCCUCUACCUGACUGCUUCACCACUCCACUCAGACAAGCCUGGACUACUAUGGAAAAGGUCUACAUGCCAGGCUUCCUCUCCAGUAACCUUUACUACAAAUACCUGAGCGACCUCAUCAACUCUGUGCGGGCAGAUGAGUUUGUUAAUGUGGGCUCUUCGGGUCAAAGCGGAGCAGCCGACAGCGAGCGAUCCAGUUCAAAUGCCAAUGAGAGCUCCCAGACUCAGCACGGUGCUAAGAAGGCAGCAAUAAAGAUCCUGAAAAACUUUGAUGAGGCUAUAACGGUGGACGCUGCCAGCCUGGACCCUGAGACACUGUAUCAGAGGCCUUAUGCUGGAAAGAUGACAUUUGGGAAAGUGAACGAGCUCGGUCAGUUCAUCAGAGAGGCCGAACCUGAACCAGAUGUGAAGAAAUCCAAAGGGUCAAUAUUUUCUCAAGCCAUGAAGAAGUGGGUUCAAGGCAACUCUGAUGAGGCCCAGGAGGAGAUGGCUUGGAAAAUUGCCAAGAUGAUUGUCAACGAUGUUGUACAUCAGAGUAACCAUGACAGCCCUGUCAAGUCCACAAAGCUAUGACCUCCAAUGAAGAGCCAAAGUCACUCCAAAAACCAGAAAGAAACUCCACAUCUGCUCACAGCUGCAUCACUCCCAAAUUAAAAAGGCAUUUUAUCUCUUUAACCUUGCUCAGUCUCUGAUAGUACUGUGUGCAGCUUUGAGUCAUGAAGAAACUCUUGAACACGAUAAAGGUACAUGUGAAUGUGAUCACAGGAGUCACCUUCAUGAUGGACUAAACAUAGAGCCAGCAGAGCUAGGACCCUCGCUGUACUGUAGCCAUGUUAACUAACUGGAGUCGGACUGGAGGAUGUUGCAGUAGCGUCGCAUCCGCAGCUUUUUAUAACCAUUCCGUUUUUAGAUGACGCAGCCACGCCGCUCCUGGAGCAGAUACAGUUGCUGUACAGUUUUUGAAUAUGCACCUGCCUCCCCUCAGCCUUCCCCUGAACUAGUUAUGUGAGGCGUACUCUUUUGGCCGUGCUGCAAUCUGGACAAUAAUGAAACGAUGAAGAUAAUCAGAUGCUGGCCGGGCUGGCCAUUGAACACUUUCACAGAGCAUUGAAGAAAUACUCCCUAUUGAACUAAGUGCUCUAAUUGUAAUUGACAAUUGAAAACAAGUUUUGUGUCCUAAAUGUUCUAAAGAUGUAUGUACAUUUCUGGUUUACCCCCAAUAACUCUGUUGGUCUCCUUUAGUGAUACAGUGACAGUCUUUGUCUAAACCCCAUUGAAACAAACCUGAUUGAUGACUGGGAAACUACAGUCACUGAAGGUGUCUUUUAUCAAAGCCUUAUAAUGAUGUGAAACCAGAACAAAAACCUUUGGUACUAUGUACCACUAAUGUUUUCUGACAUGUAUGUGUACUUAAUCUAUAAUAUAUUUAAAAUGUGUAUGAUUUAAAUACAUAUAUGUUAAAUACAAAAAUGUUUUUAUUGACAAGUUGCCACUGCUUAGACGCGCAGCUCUUUGCUUGGCCAAAGGGAGGCAGUGUUGUCUAUUUUCACAUGCAGGAGUCAAACACAAGACAAAUACUGGCCAAAACAAUGGAUGCAAAACAAGACAAGGAGAAUAUAAACUUUUGAUAUGUGGUUAUGUCCAUGGAAUUAUUCCAAAUUAUUUUACACGUAUUAGAAUUAUCUUUAUUUUACUACCAACAAAGAUUGCGUCUGCACGUUUUCUCUAAAGUGGGCUGUAUGGAGAAAGCACG